AAUAAUAGAGUCAAGAGGACGAUAAUCGUAACAAACCUGAAACAAGAGAAACUCAUCGCACGUGAUAGUCAAAUCACUGGAGGUCGCCAUAUUUGUCAUUGAACUAACCUUUCGACGAGAAUCUGCGAUGGCUGAUACUUCUAGUCCUGCCAGUAAUCGCAUAAAGUCAUACAAGAAUAAAGCUUUGGAUUCUCAAGAACUACGCAGACGUCGUGAAGAAGAAGGUAUUCAAAUCAGAAAACAAAAGAGAGAUGAGCAGUUGUUCAAACGAAGGAAUGUAUCAUUACCAAACGAAUCUGAUGAUGUGAUAUCUGACAUUCAGGAACCAUUUGUAUCUUCUUUCACUGGUGGUGUUACCAGUGAAAUGGUAAAAGCUCUGUACAGUGACAAUAUAGAAGAACAAGAACCUGCAACACAGAAAUUUCGAAAACUCUUAUCAAAAGAACCUAAUCCACCAAUUGAUGAAGUUAUUUUAACUGGAGUUGUUCCAAAAUUUGUUGAAUUUCUUCAACGAGACGGAAACUGUUCGUUACAGUUUGAAGCUGCAUGGGCUUUAACUAAUAUUGCUUCUGGUACAUCUAUUCAAACAAGAGUAGUAAUUGAGGCUGGAGCAGUUCCUAUAUUCAUCAAACUUUUGGAAUCUGAAAUAGAAGAUGUGCAGGAACAGGCUGUGUGGGCUUUAGGAAACAUUGCAGGAGAUAGUCCAGAAUGUCGAAACUAUGUUUUGAAUGAAGGCAUAUUGGUACCACUUUUACAGUUGCUUAGCCAACUUCCAAGUUUAUCUAUGACUAGAAAUGCAGUAUGGUGCUUAUCCAAUUUGUGCAGGGGGAAAAAUCCUCCACCUGACUUUGCAAAGGUUUCUCCUGCUCUUCCUGUGUUGGCUCGUUUAUUAUACCAUGCUGAUAAAGAUGUCCUUGCAGAUGCUUGUUGGGCCUUAUCUUAUUUGUCUGAUGGGCCAAAUGAAAAGAUACAUGCAGUAAUAGAUGCUGGUGUUUGCCGUCGUCUGGUUGAACUUUUAGUAAAUUCCAACUUGUGUGUUGUUUCGGCAGCUCUACGUGUUGUUGGUAACAUUGUUACUGGUGAUGACUAUCAAACACAGGUUAUUUUGAACUGCUCUGCAUUACCAUCAUUGUUACUUCUGUUGGGCAGUUCUAAAGAAGCUGUUCGGAAAGAAGCAUGUUGGACAAUAUCUAAUAUUACUGCAGGAAAUCGAAUGCAGAUACAGGCUGUGAUUGAUGCCAACAUAUUUCCAGUUUUAAUUGAAAUUCUUGGUAAAGCAGAGUUUAAAACAAGAAAAGAGGCUGCUUGGGCCAUAACAAAUGCUACGUCUGGAGGCUCUCCAGAACAAAUUCGAUUUCUUGUGGAACAGGGAUGCAUUCUUCCUUUAUGUAACUUGUUGACUGUUAUGGAUAGCAAAAUUGUUCAUGUUGCUCUCAAUGGUCUAGAGAAUAUUUUACGCCUUGGAGAACAAGAUGCUAAAUUACAUGGCAACACAAAUCCUUACGCUAUAAUGAUUGAAGAAUGUUAUGGUCUGGACAAGAUCGAAUUUCUGCAAAGUCAUGAAAACCGAGAGAUUUAUCAAAAAGCUUUUGGUAUAAUUGAACGCUACUUUGGCACUGAAGAAGAGGAUAAAGGUAUUGUUCCUGCAACUGAUGAAAAUGCUCAGCAAUUCCAAUUUAUUGCUGGUCAGGAUGUACCAAUGGAUGGAUUUCAAUUCUGAACCAGUUUUCUACACUGGUAUCAAAUGCCAGUUUAAGCAGUGCUCAUAAGUAUAACGGUCUAUAUUUUCUAUUUGGGCUGUUUUAUUGUGCUAGAGGCAGACUUGUCAUGGUCUGCAAAUUCUCUUUACUGCCAAUUUAAUAGGACUAUUAAAGACAUAACUGUACUGAUGACAUUGACUCUAGUACUUGACUACUACUGUUCCCCUCCAAGAUAACAGUGAGCAAUUAAAAUGACAUCGUAAAAUAUCAGCUAUUCUUAACUGAUGACUGUGGACCGCUUUCCACCACUUCAAACACAACAUACAAUGCAAAUUGACUGUGAUGACACCGAGACAUCAGACAACAAUAACUACUGCUGUCUAGCAGGCACAGCAUAAGCAGUAAAUUUGUCCAAUGUCCUGAUACACAAGGCCCUGACAUCUACAAAGACUUACUUGUCACUCACUCAGGUUUUAGUGAGAUAACAAACAAGUGGUCUACCACUCAGUAGGUUACUACCAAGUUACCUGCACAACCAAUUCUAAUCACCCCAAUGAAAUAUGAAUUAUGUGACUAAGAAAGACGAGACUUCAGAGGUUUGGUGUUUAUUCUAUGGGCGGCUACACAAUCCCACAAAAUUAUUCAGAUGAAUUGAUUUUUUUUAUCUCUCUGGGGAAGAUUUCUAAUGUAUUUAAAAUAUUUCUUAUUAUUUAAAUUUUAUUUUUAAAAUGAAUAACAGAUAAUUUUCCUUGAAAUAUUUUUUACAUUUUUUUUUUUAACCUUCAUGAUAAAAACUAUCAUUUUAAGACUUUUUGUUUUGCUUUUUUUAUUUAAAGAUUGCCAUUCAAAAUUCAUCUCCUAUUUCAUUAGGUUGCAUAUAAAAUGAAAUUUCUUUGACAGUCAUAUAAAACUGAAGAAAAGGGAUUGAUUGAUGCUUCAUAAAAUAAGUACCAAGCCAAACCAAAACAAACGAUCUUGUUUUACAUUUACCUGUGCACAACACAUGCUCUGUCCAAAACAGAUUCUUAUGAUUGAUUAUUAUAAUAAGCAAUACUGAGAAUAAAAAUCAAGUUACACAAUUCAGACAAAACUGCUUAUCAUGCUAUUAAAAUUCCCAGAAUAUGAAAAAUGUAUGAAAAAAAAAGCAUUUAAAAGCAAACAGAAUUGACGAUGAUGACGCAAGACAAUAUGGACUGGUUUAAAAUAAAAUAAAAAUAGUCUUUUCUUUUUA